AUGCAAGCUUUGCGAGUGGUCUGCCUUGGUACCGCCAUAUUAUGGGGCUUGAGAAGCCACGCGGGUGAGGUAGCACCGAGUCCGUUUCCUGAAGCUGCAUUCGAUUGCCCGAACACUUCCAAAGGGCAUUUCGAUUGCGGGAAGCAGCUGGGUGCCCGUUUCGCCGAGCUGAUUGGCCAGGCAUUCAGGUCGGACAUCAGACUCCAUAAGCUUUAUGAGAAGAUUUCACCCGUCAACAGCACUGGUUCAAGAAUCUUCAAGACGUUGGCUGAGAUCAACUCUGAGCGCUACCCGCUCCUGAUGCAGGAAGUAUAUGGCAUGGCAGAAGGCAGCGGGCAACCGCGGGACUUCCUGCUUCUCGCCAACCUACGACAGGAGGUGGAAACUGCGCUUGCCAGCGGAGUGUGCGACGCAUCUGCAAAAGUAGGAGUUCCUGACGCUUGCACGGACGUGAUGGUGGUCCGGGAGGGUGUGGCCGGCUUCGCACACAACGAGGACUAUGACAGCUUCCUCUUCGACAAGAUGUACCUUGUCCGGCAAACCUGGCGCUCGACUUCUGCUACAGUUGUCAGCGUUUCGUACGUUUCGUUCACCUACCCUGGGGUCUUGCCAGGUUGGGCACCGGGUUGGAACAGCCACGGAGUGGCCAUGACGUGGAACGUUUUGUAUCCGCUUGAGUUAAAGCCAGGCGGCGGUGUUGCCGUGGCAUUUGUCUGUCGUGAUGUGCUCGAACAGGCACGUUCGGCACAGGAGGCAGUAUCGCUGGCCUCACCUCGUGAUUUAGCACUGGGGCAGAACUUGAAUGUUGGUGUUGUCAGUGCUGUUGCUUCCACAUUGCUGACAGCAGAGACUGCGCCGGGCGGGCAGUCCAAUGUAAAGACGGUGAGUGGGACCUGGUUCCAUGCCAACGAGUACCUCCGCAUGACAGUUCAGCAGUCGACCUCUUUCUUGACCAGCAGCAAGCACCGACGAGCGACCUUCGAAGCUAAGCCAAAGCCAGGAAGCUUGGCGGAAGCUCUGCACAUGCUGGGUGACACCAGUGACAGGGAAUAUCCCAUAUUCCGCCGCCAGGACGCCACACAGGAGGACACCCUUCUCACAGUGGCUUUCGAUCUUCAGGCUGGCCAAGUCACUGUGUACCGCGACAACCCGCGCUUUGGUGCUGCAGUCGUUGUCCUCCAGGAGAAGCUGUGGGCUGCCAGGGCAGCCGCAGCAGCAAACGUGAACAGUGUUUUUUUGUGA